AACAAAUGCAAGCACCAUUCCGACACACAAAAACCUCGGAAGAGUGUUUGCGCCACGAUGCGCCCUAGUAGAAAAGGGGUCCUGUGUCCAUGCCCAUUGAUUCGUAGCGUUUCGUGAAGUUCGUCCUCAAAUUGAAGGCGUCAUAAAUUGUCAUUAGCCCUCAAUUCGAUCGCUUCUCAUUUCCUUCAUCAAAUCGCCGAUUGAAUGCACCUAAAGAUACACUUCUGCGCUCUGAACCACCUCCCAACCCGCAAACUUCUAACAUACCCUCAUCACUAUGGGAGACAGGCCUCCGCCACAAGGAUACAUUGAUCCAAACUUCCCAAACCCAGGCACAGAUGGCGAUGCGACAAUUAUCAUCUACGGCUACACGCCCUCGAUCGUCGUUGGCGUUCUCGGUUGCGUACUGUUUCUAGUGGCAUUGAUCGCGCAUUUAUUCCAACUCUUGAAGUACAGGUCAUGGUAUUUCAGUACUAUGAUAGUCGGAAUCGCCUUUGAAAUUGUCGGUUACGCCUUUCGCUGUCUCAGCGCUAAGGUUUCGCCGUAUCGAGUGAACUUUUUCGUGAUCCAAUACUUUUUCAUUGUCGUCGCACCAGUCUUCUUCGCUGCAGCCAUUUAUACCGUCCUUUCCAUCCUAAUCAACUCCACCGGUAGACAAUAUGCCCCACUGGCUCCAAAACUCAUCCUCUGGAUCUUCAUAACCUGCGACGUCGUGGCCACCAUUGUCCAAAUCGCCGGUGCCGCCCUCAUCGGCAUAGCAUACAGCAACCGCAAAGACCCGACAACACCCAACAACAUCCUCCUCGGCGGUCUUGCCUUCCAAGCCUUCUCCGUCCUCGUCUUCAUCAUCCUCUUCGCAUCCUUCAUGUGGAAGGCCCGCAGGGUUUUGCUCAAGGUCGUCAGCAAAGGGUUCUACUUCGCCUUCAUACUCAGCGUCAUCAUGAUCUAUCUUCGUGUGUGCUUCCGUCUUGCCGAGACGGCGGAAGGCCUCAUGGAGAACCUGAGCACCCAUGAGGUGUACUUCGGAACCUUGGAGUUUAUGCCUGUUGUCAUCGCCGUCUGGUUGUUGGCGAUUUGGCACCCUGGGCGAUGCGUGCCGAAAGUGGCGGUUCGCGAUGUCGAGGGCGAAUUUGAUGGAUACUAAUAUUGCGCUUGGACAUUGCAUGCAUACAUCCUCUUCUUCGAUACCAGAAAGAAAGUCGGCAUUCAACGAUUGUAUCUAAUUAGCUCUUUUAAUUUCCUAUGAGCCCAAUAC